UUGGCAACGAAGGCAGUCGGCCGGCCCCCUAACCCAACCCAACAGCCAACGACUUCCACCAGCCGUCGCAGUACGCCACUUCCCUCCGCCCACCACCGCAGAGAUCGCCGGCGACGGCGAGGAGAUGGCGGCGACCGCCCUGGCGGCGACGGCGGCGGCGAGCCAGUCCCUGAGGAACCGCGAGAUCCUGGACGCCGUCGGAACCACCGCGGCGGCUCUCUCGCUCGUCGGCUCCUCCUUCAUCGUGCUCUGCUACCUCCUCUUCCGCGAGCUCCGCAAGUUCUCCUUCAAGCUCGUCUACUUCCUCGCCCUCGCGGAUAUGCUUUGCAGCUUAUUCACUAUAAUGGGGGGGCCAGCAAAUGCAUUUUAUUGCUUUGCGCAUGACUACAGUGCGCACUUCUUCUGCGUGGCUUCUUUUCUAUGGACAACCACUAUAGCGUUCACUCUUCACCGGACAGUUGUCAAGCACAAAACUGAUGUUGAGGAUUUUGGAUCCAUUUUCCACUUGUAUGUAUGGGGAACUUCACUAGCUACCACUGUAUUACGUUCAAUAGGAAGUGACUAUGGAAGGCCGGGGACCUGGUGUUGGAUCCAGCAGGGAAGCAUGGGAAAGAUCUUACACUUGAUUACCUUCUACCUUCCACUUUGGGGUGCCAUUCUCUACAACGGGUUUACAUACUAUCAAGUAAACCGCAUGUUGAACAAUGCGACUCGGAUGGCUGUUGGCAUUAGCGAUCGAUCAAUUCAAUCUGACACGAGGGCGGACAAAAAGGCAUUUAAUCGCUGGGGCUAUUACCCUCUGAUUUUAAUUGGUUCAUGGUCUUUCGCGACAAUCAAUCGUUUGUAUGACUUUGCUAAUCCUGGGCACAAGAUAUUCUGGCUAUCCAUUCUUGAUAUUGGGUUUGCUGGACUUAUGGGCCUUUUUAAUUCGAUUGCUUAUGGUCUCAACUCCUCGGUGCGCAGAGCAAUUGCAGAAAGGAUGGACGUGUUUCUACCUGAGCGCAUCAAAAGGAGCCUUCCUACUUUGUCAAGAUUGAGAAGUCAACAAGAAAAUGAGCUGAUUUCUCUUAUCGUUGAGAGUAAUAACAGACAUAGUAACGUGGGUAGCACCUAGGAGUUUUCUAGCUUGCUGAGUUUGUUCAUAUCUUUUGGGCUCUUUCCGAAAUGGGUGUAUGUAGUGUACCAUUGACAUCACUGUAGGAGCAGAUGCUUAGCACUUAACAUUGACCAUUUAUUUGGCAAAUUGGGUUAUCCACGGUACAUAGAGGUUAGGAGUACUCUGAUGUUUGUCUGUAGCCUGUAGGUAAGUUUGUGAGUGUUCGAUCUUCUAACCCCUGGGUCAUGUUGUACUUUUGAGAACUUGUCUCGUUGAUCCCCCACAACUGACUGCUUCCUGUGCACCUUGAUGCUCCUGUAAACUAUAGCAUUGUUCAGUUGCAGUUUUUCUCCCUCUGGGUAUAUGGUUUCACCUUAA